AUGCGAUCAUCAAAAUGGCCUGGGACCCCGGCAUCGGGGAAUAUGGUCACGGACCAAGUAUCAGCGUCGAGAAAUGUGCAGACUCCAACUCAAUUUGUGAGAAGACGCGGCGGAAAAUGCGACCUUCACACUGAAUCAAAGUCUCACGAAAGUGAUUCCAGGAAUGUUGGUCGCCGUGCACGAUGCAUGUUGAUGCUCGAAGCAAGUCACCGGGUCAAAGGUGCCAAAAGAAAUAGUGGUGAUAGCUGCCCAACGUGGUCGAUAAAUCAUAUGAAAUUGAUGAAAGCUGCCUUUCGGCGUUCGCUUUUGUAUUAG